AACAAGAUCGAGCUGCACGAAGGCGGGUUGAUCUGCGUCGAGAAGAACUGCGACCAAUCCUUCUACUUGAAGGCACGCUGGCCGUCACAUCGUUUUGUUUGUUUGUUCGUGCCUGCUACGGGAAGCGUCUAACGCAGCGCGAAUUCCAGGAUGAGAAGGAGGAGAAGACGCUGUUCACGUUCGACCGGACCUUCUACCAGGACUCGUCGCAGCAGGAAGUCUUCAGCUACGUCGCGCUGCCCGUCGUGCAGGAUGCUCUUUCGGCAAUCAACGGCACAGUGCUCGCGUAUGGUCAGACCGGAGCGGGCAAGACGCACACGAUGGAGGGGCCCAACAUGCUCAUCGACGACCCCGAGAGUUCCGGCAUUCUCCCGCGCGUCGCCAAGGAGAUCUUCGUCCGCAUCAAUGCGUCGGACGCCCCCAGCGAAUACAAAGUCGCUCUCUCUGUGGUUGAGAUUUACAUGGAGCGGAUCAGGGACCUCUACGAUGUGUCAAAGGACAACCUGGUGGUGAAGGAGGACCAAACCCGAGGGAUCUCCAUUGCCGGCGUCACCGAGAUAUAUGUUGAGGGCGAGAAGGAAAUGCUUCAGCUUCUUGAGGUACGCUGUUCUCUGACUUUCUGCAUUCGUUCGUUGGAUGCCCACAUAAGUUCACUGACUCUUUUCUUUCAGGCUGCAAUCAAGAAUCGGGCUGUUGGGGCCACCAACAUGAAUCAGGGUAGCAGCCGCAGCCACUGCAUGUUUCUUCUGACAAUCCAACGAACCUCUGCGGAUGGGAGCAGCUCGCAAGUUGGGAAGAUCUACCUUGUGGAUUUGGCUGGCUCGGAGAAGGUUGAAAAGACAGGGGCGGAAGGACGACUGCUUGAUGAGGCCAAGAUGAUCAACAAAUCACUCUCUGCCUUGGGGAAUGUCAUUAAUGCCCUCACAUCCGAUAAGGCGUCGCACAUCCCCUACCGUGACUCCAAGCUCACUCGGAUUUUGCAAGAAUCGCUGGGUGGAAAUUCACGUACAACUUUACUCUGCUGCUGCUCCCCUUCCACUUACAACUAUGCAGAAUCCGUAUCUACUGUCCGCUUCGGCUUAAGGGCGAAGCAAAUCAAGAAUAAGCCUGUCGCCAAUAGAGAGGUGGGGCGUGGGGAACUCCAGCGGCGCUUGCAGGAAUCAGAGCUGGAGUGUGAGGUUCUGAAGGACGUUGGCGAUCCAAUCGGCGAAAAAACUUCAGGAUCCAAUCGCAUGAAGGGAAGCCAAAUGCUUGCUGCGUGCAUUGAGGGGUUGCAUGGCCUUCUUUCCAGUGAGGGCAUGGCUUGGGCGUCUGAGCUACCCACCAUUGAAGACAUGAGUGACAUUCCAAAGCUGCUGCCUGCUGUGGUGGAGAAACACCUCUCUAGUCAGUCCAGUGAGGGAAACGAUGAGAAGGAUUUGAAGUAUCUUGAAGAGGCGAUGGAUGAUAUGGCUGCCCGUCUCAAGAAGGAGAGCGAAGAGGGUAACGUGGCUGCCUUCACACCUCGCUGCGCCUCCCCUCAUUCCCCGCCGCGCCUCCUCUCACACCUCGCCGCCCUCCCCUCGCACGCCUCCCCUCACACCUCGCCGCGCCUCCCCUCCCGCGCCUCCCCUCACGCCUCUCCGCGCCUUCCCUCGCGCUCACACUUCGCCGCGCCUCCCCUCGCAUCUCACCGCGCCUCCCCUCGCAUCUCACCGCGCCUCCCCUCGCAUCUCACCGCCCUCCUUGCUCGUGGCCAGCAGCCGUCCACUCCCUCAACCAACUCCUCGCCCAUCUCACAUACUGCUCACCUUGACCUCUCACUUUCGGCGUGUCCGCCCUCUCACAAUUUCCGCAACCUCCACUCAGAUUCCCCCCUGCUUCCCCUCACUUCCCCCCCCUGCUCCCCCUCAUUCUCCCCUCUGCUUCCCCCCAUUCCCGCCCCUGCUUACCCUCACUUUCCCCCCAGCCUUCACUCAGUUUCCAUUCUGCCCUCAGUUUCCCCCUGCACUUAUCCCCACUCAUACGCUCCGUCAUCCCCCUGCGUACCCUCGCUUUCCUCUGUUUCCACUGUCCCUGUCUGGGCCUUCGCCACCUUCCCUCUCCCUUUCUCCCUUGUUUCCUCCUUCCCUAUAUUCCUCCUCUCUCAUUUCCCCACUUCUCUGUCCGCUUGUCCUACCACAACCACCUUCUUCUUUAUCCCACCCCUUUGUCGCAUUCUCUCCCUCUCUACUUAUUUGACUCUCAAAGCUCUCCCCUUACGCGUCUCCCGUUCCUUUCCCCCAUGCGCGCGUGGCAGCGUUGCCAUAACGCCCGCCAGCAACGCUGCCCGCGCCACCUACCGCAGCGAGAUAUUCCAGGCUGACGUCAGCAUAGUGGUGGACGAAAAGUCCAUUCUGUUUCAGGCGAGCCCCCCGCCCAACUUCAAGGACCUCUUCGCCUACACCAACCCCGCCUACGAGUCCUUCCCGCUCCCGCCUGGUUCGCCCAAGACGGUGUUCAACCACGUGGGUCUCAUGUACAACCCCUUCGGCGCUCUGCCCUUCCUCGCUGGGCAGGAGGACCCAACGCCGGUGAACGGCACGCACGCAGUGAACGAAACAUGCCUGUCGUGCUUCCUCUUCAUCACCUUUUUCCACGUCGACCCCUCACUCGUCAACACCACGGGCGCCGGCUGUGCCUUCAACGACAACGGCUUCUGCAGCGUCACCAAGGGCACGCCCAUCUUUCAGCCGCCCAGCAAGGACCUGCUGGGCGGCAGCUUUGCCACGUCAUCGGGCACCAUGUACAAGAGCCGCCCGCUGCUCUCGCCCUUUGGAUCCAAGCUGCUCGCGAAAUCCGUCCUCACCCCGCUGGCAGCGCCGCGGGUGGGCAUGAUCUGGACGAGCAGUGUGCAGCCGCCAGCGCUGUUUGGGUAUGACGGCAAGGCCACGCUGGGCCCCACCAACUACUACGCCACCAGCGACUCCCAGGUGAUGGGAAUAGGGCAGGCGGUGAGCACCACGUACAUCGACCUCUACGCCGGCUACUUCACAGCGAACCCCGAGACGCUAAACACACCCGUCACCACGAGCGUGUUUGACCGCCCUGCCAAGUACGGCGUGUCGGGGCUGUACCCCGGUGCCGCGUACUCGCAGGUCACGGGGUACCGCGGCAUGUCCACCUUCACCUUCGGCUUCACCAACUUCACCCAGGUGGAGUCAUCAGAGGCACCCAGGGGGGCCAACGCAUCAACUUGCCUGCAAAGACGCAUGCAAGCCCUUGUGAUGCCCGUGCUGUUGCCAUUGCUACUGCUCCUUCUCGCAUGA